UACAAGGCGUGAGCCACCGUGCCAGGCCUGGACUCCUUAAGGGCUGGGAGGGGAAAAAAUAAUGCUUCCAAGGCAUUGUGGUGAAGGAAAUACAUCGCAGGACAUUAUGGGAAGGAUGAAUCUGUAAGUUUUUCUUACUGUCCUCCCCCAUACCCCCUUCAGCCAAUCACUGUCUUUAUCUCUGCUUUUAAAGAUUCAGCCCUGGGCUGGUGGUAGAGACAAGGGUUCCUUUGCUGUGAUCUUGCUAUAAACUCCAUGGGAUUGUUCUUUAAUUCAGGGCCUUAUCCUGUCAUAAAAUAUGAGAUAAGAAUGUGCUGCGAAGCACUAGACAGGCUGGAAGCCUGCCCCCAUACAUAUGUCAUUAAAUCCUUAAAGGAACAUGGGCAAAAGAUAAACCAAGGGCAAGAAAACCUGCAGUCGCGAAGGCAACACGGUCCAUUAGUAAGUGACAGAGCCGACCUAGAGUACAGAUCCACUCAUCCCGUAAUAGGCGCAAGGCGAUCUGCUUUGCCCGCAGGGCUCCGGGACACCCGGCUACGGGUUAGCGCUCCAUCCCCGGGGCUCUGCAGAGCCGGUAGUAGUGGGCAACACAGGUAACAGGCAAAGCCAACCGCCAACCGAGAGCGGAAGUCGGGGAACCUAGCCAAUAAGAGUGCGGGCAAUUUUCUUUGCUUCACAAUGGUGGGUUCUUUCCAGUCCGCUGGAGACAAAGGCGGGGCAACGUUGGAGGGCGGCCGCUGAUUGGACAAAUUGAAAGCCUUUAGCCCUAUCAAGGAGCACCACGUGGGCGGGACUCCAGGAGCCAGUUCUGCAGGGAGCUGCAGCUUGGUCUGUCUCCCAGGCAGGCGCUGAGUCGCCGCCGCCAGCUAGGGGCGCGGGAAGGCGGGGCUCGGAUGCAAUCGGGACCUCCUCCUGGGCUGGGCCGGGGGCAGACUCCCGGACCCAGGGCGCCGGGAGCCGGCGGGCUACCUGCGAGUCGAGUUAGCGUUGUCGCCGAACCGAAGUGAGAGGGCACGGGGAAGGGUCAAAGAGCGUGCCGAAGCGCUGGAGGGAGCUUCACGGACGCGAGUUAGGCACCGGCUCGCCUAAUCCGGUACUAAUCCGGCUUACUGCUUCCCGUCCAGGCCUCGCUCGCCAUGGGGGAAGUGGAGAUCUCGGCCCUGGCCUACUUGAAGAUGUGCCUGCAUGCUGCCCGGUACCCACACGCCGCAGUCAACGGGCUGUUUCUGGCGCCAGCGCCGCGGUCCGGAGAAUGCCUGUGCCUCACCGACUGUGUGCCCCUCUUCCACAGCCACCUGGCCCUGUCCGUCAUGUUGGAGGUCGCCCUCAACCAGGUGGAUGUGUGGGGAGCACAGGCUGGUCUGGUGGUGGCUGGUUACUACCAUGCCAAUGCAGCCGUGAAUGAUCAGAGCACUCAAGCAUCAAGCAGUCGUGCAUCAAGCAUCCAGCAGGCCCGAUCCCCGCAGGCCACCUACAGGGAAAGGCCACAGCUGCGCCCACAUCUAUGAGAUCUGGGAGGCCCAGCUCAAAUGGAUGGGUUUUGCCCACAGUUGGCUCCUCACUCCUCUGGUCUUCCCUCUACACAGCCCUGGGCCCCUGGCCUUGAAAAUUGCUGGGCGAAUUGCAGAAUUCUUCCCUGAUGCAGUACUUAUUAUGUUGGAUAAUCAGAAACUGGUGCCUCAGCCUCGUGUGCCCCCGGUCAUCGUCCUGGAGAACCAAGGUCUCCGCUGGGUCCCUAAGGAUAAGAACUUAGUGAUGUGGAGGGACUGGGAAGAGUCACGGCAGAUGGUGGGAGCUCUACUGGAAGAUAGGGCCCACCAGCACCUUGUGGACUUUGACUGCCACCUUGAUGACAUCCGGCAGGACUGGACCAACCAGCGGCUCAACACUCAAAUCACCCAGUGGGUUGGUCCCACUAAUGGAAAUGGAAAUGCCUGAGCCAGGGCCAGCGGGGUCCGGAUCCAAUAAAGAGACUUGGGCUGAUAGGCA